CUUGCAUACGUCUUGUCUCUUCUCUCACAAAUAAUUGCACACUGGUUAACUUGUCGGCAAUUAUUGUUCAGUGGGGUUUACCAUCCACAUACAAACGGCCGGAUUGUUCCAGCAAUAUUUUUCGAAAUGGGAGCAAAUUAAAGGCGAUCGAGACUGCUGAAAUAAUUUUAGGAAGAAAAAUACUAUCAACUUGAUUAAACGGACUCAACCUAAACACGCGUAUUUAGAUUAUGCAGGAACAGGAAGAAAGUUCAGAAUUCUGUGAUAAUUUCGAUGACUUAUUUAAGCACAUGGAAAGGCAGGAAGCGGUCCAGCAUGACCUUGACGGAAGCCUUUCCGAACCAGUGUGGUUCGUCGUUCGGCCAGUCGCACUGGACGGGCAAGGUCAAGACCCUCCAGACGGUGUGCAUUUUGAGCUAUUACGAGCUCCGGGUGUCGACUCGGAACAACUUCCGGAUGUCAAUCCUUCCCCCCUUCUCGAGCACCUAGGAGGCCAAGAUAUCAUCUUAUCGGCUGCUGCAGACUCGGAACAGGUUCAGGAUGUCAUCUUAUCCCCUCCUCUCGACCAAGCAGUUUCCUCUCCAAGGGACGAAUCACCCCCGCCACCGAAGAGAAAACCUGGCCGACCCCGCAAACAAAUACCUCCGGAGGAACCACUUCCCAAAAAACCAAAAAAAUAUAACGACCCUAACCUUCAAGAUAAAAAGGUACGCAACGCCGUGACCGCUAAGAAAAAUCGGGACCAGGCAAAACAACGCUUGGCCGAGUUGCUUGCGGAAAGGGAAUCCCUGCAAAGGGAAAAUGCUACCCUGCGAGCUGAAAAGCUUAAGUUAUUGGCGGAUAAAGUCGUCUCCGACGGAAUCAUAGAACAUCUACGGAAGGAGAACGCCAAGCGACUUAUCAACAGCGGACUGGACGCUGAGUCAAAAAUGGACGGUGGUCAUCAUGACCUCGAUAACAUUGAGGUCACACCGCUCAAUGACUCCUUCGACAUUGACGACACCGUCUUCUUACCAGAUAUCCGUGAUCCAGAACUGGAUCAGGAAAUCACUUCUGCAUAAAUCGUGCAAAUACUCCAAUGAAACGACCAAGCUUUCGCUGGCGUUUCAUGGAAAGUGAAAAAUGUCAUUCUGUAAAUGCAGAGACAGUUUUCAAAAACAAAUACAUAAAUCUUGCAUAAACCGUGCAAGUGAAGUGUCCAAGCUUUCGCUGGUACUUCAAUGUAUCUGAAAAAUGUCAUUCUUACAAGUUGUAAGUUACAACGUGAGAGACAAUUUUCGACUAAAAAGUUUUUUCACAGUGUGAGUCUCACACAUCAUUUUUCAAAUGGAGUGUAAUCAUUCCUAAUUCUGAGAAAUGUGCAAAAACGGCAAACUUAAGCAUUCAUCGUUAUCUGUGAAACGAUAGAUAACGGUUACUGCUUAAAAGUGGAUGAUUUGCACAAAUUUUGACAAAUAUAGUAACAAGAUCACUAUGUUAUUAAAAAUUUGUUUAACUAGGGAUCAAUUAAUUAAUUAGUUUUACAGAAUAAAAUGUAAUAUUGGUCGUACAGGAUUUUAUAUGCAAAUGAUAUGUACAUAAAAUCAAGUAAAAUGAAUUAAUGGACACUGUGCAAAUACGAUUUUUACUCCAAUAUGAUACAUACAAUGAUGAUGAUAAUGUAAUAAAUAUUUUUAAUUACGUACA